AUGAUUGAAGAAGGUUUCGAAAAGCUGGAUGCAAUCCAACUUGAAGAUUUGGAGUCAGCCCCUUCUAGAAUGGAAGAUAAUAAAGCAGAGGUGCAAGAUCCUUUAUUGGAAAUAAAUGUUGAGAUGCCUGGCCUGUCUAGAAAAUUGGUAGAACAUAGAUUACCGAUCAAGAAAGAUUUUCAGCCAUAUAAACAACCACCAAGAAGGAUGUCUUCGGAAGUAAUGCUCAAAAUUAAAGAAGAAAUUGAAAGACUUCUUAAGGCAAGAUUUAUUCGAACAGUUAGGUAUGUUGAAUGGUUGUCUAAUGUUGUUCCUGUAAUGAAGAAGAAUGGCAAACUUAGAGUUUGUGUGGAUUUUCGCAAUUUAAAUAAUGCCACUCCAAAAGAUGAAUAUCCAAUGCCUGUGGCCGAUCAACUUAUUGAUUCGGCUGCUAAGCAUGAAAUAUUAUCUUUUAUGGACGGCCAUUCAGGUUAUAAUCAAAUCUAUUUAGCCGAGGAAGAUGUUCAUAAAACGGCUUUUAGAUGUCCUGGGUCAAUUGGUACUUUUGAGUGGAUUGUGAUGCCAUUUGGCCUAAAAAAUGCCGGGGCUACUUAUCAAAGGGCAAUGAAUUCUAUCUUUCAUGAUAUGAUUGGCCGAUUCAUGGAAAUUUAUGUAGAUGAUGUAGUUGUGAAAUCAUCGGCCAAGAGACAGCAUUUGGAACACUUGAAAAGGGCCUUUGAAAGGAUGAGGAUUCACAAAUUGAAAAUGAACCCAUUGAAGUGCGCAUUUGGAGUUUCAGCCGAGAAUUUCUUGGGGUUCUUGGUACAUAAACGAGGUAUUGAAGUUGAUCAGAACAAGGUCAAAGCUAUUAUAAAUGCUAGGGCCCCAGCCAACAAAAAACAAGUGCAAAGGUUCCUCGGCGAGGUAGGUUUUCUUAGAAGAUUUAUUUCUAACCAUGCUGGCCGAGUGCAUGUCUUUUCGACUUUAGUAAAAUUAAAGUCACAUGAGAAAUUUCAUUGGGACGAAUCCCAUCAGAAGGCCUUUGACAAAAUAAAAGAGUAUUUGGCAAACCCCCCGGUUGUAAUGCCUCCAAGAAAGAAGUGGCCGUUAAAGCUUUAUUUAUCGGCCACAGAAGAAUCAAUUGGUAGUAUGCUCGCACAAGACAAUGAACAUGGAAAGGAGCAGGCUGUCUACUACCUAAGUAGAAUACUGACUGAUGUAGAAUGCAGAUAUUCCUCAAUUGAGAAGCUUUGUUUAUCUUUGUACUAUUCGGCCAUGAAGUUGAGAGUAUACAUGCGGCCUGUUGAUGUUUACAUUCUUUGUCAGACUAACGUGGUCAAGUAUAUGCUAUCAAGGCCAUUGAUUACUGGCCGAAUAGGUAAGUGGGCUUUGGCUUUGAUGGAAUUCAAUUUUAUCUACGUCUCACAAAAAUCAGUAAAAGGAAGGGUUCUGGCUGAUUUUUUGGCCGACCAUCCUUCAACUGAUAUUGAUCCAUGGGUUUAUGAUGAAUUGGAGUCAUCAGCUAUAUUCUUGACUCCUUGGAUUUUGAUGUUUGAUGGAUCAAGCACGGCUGAUGGAGCAGGAGCAGGUAUUGUUAUUAUUUCGCCAGCUGGCAGAAAGGCUUCGUUCUCUUUCUUUUUAGAUUUUAAAUGUUCAAAUAACCAGGCCGAAUAUGAAGCACUUAUAAUCGGCCUGGAAAUUUUAAUUGAAAUGGCUGUUAGAGAUGUAAAGAUUUUGCGAGAUUCAAACUUAGUCCUUAGCCAAAUUUUUGAAGAUUUUAAGUGCCUAAGUUGGCAAUUAAGGCCGUUUUAUUCUUUGGCCACUUCAUUAAUCAAUCAAUUUGAUAAUGUUCAACUUAAGUUUUGGCCGAGAGGACAGAAUAAGGAGGCCAACAGCAUGGCCCAAGCAGCCUCUGGAAUAAGAGUACCAGCCGGAAUAGAAGAUCAGUUGAUAAAGAUAACACGAAGAUCUUUGCCAUCGGCUGAAUUGAGAAAUACUAUGUUUGAUACUUGGACAAUUGAUGUAGAAGAUUUGGCAGACGAUGACUGGAGGAUACCAUUUAUAAUGUUCCUUCGAAAUCCAAACAUCAAGGCUGAUAGAAGUAUUAAAAGAAAAGCGAUCAACUUUGUGCUUCUAGAUGGGGAUCUAUAUAGAAAAGGGUUAGAAGAUGGGCUCUUACUACAAUGCAUAAGCAAGGAGGAAUCACUUCAGGUUAUGGCCGAGGUACAUGAGGGCAGCUGUGGGGCUCACCAAGCUGGGAUUAAAAUGAGAUGGCUGAUUCGCAAGUAUGGAUAUUAUUGGCCGAGAAUGAGAAAAGAUUGCAUAGAUUACUCAAAAGGUUGUCAAGCUUGUCAAAGACACGGGCCGAUUCAAAAUGUACCAGCAAAAGAAUUACAGCCUAUAAUCAAACUUUGGCCAUUCAGAGGUUGGGGCCUUGACCUUAUUGGUAAAAUUAAUCCACCAUCAAGCGAAGGCCAUCACUGGGUGAUUGUUGCCACAGAUUAUUUUACUAAAUGGGUUGAGGGCCAAGGCUUGCAAAACGGUUGA